GCCAAUUAAUAAAAAACAGUAAUUAAGCUCCAAAUGAGUUAAUUAACAACAAAUUAAUUCAUAUCUAAGAAGCUGUCCAGCAUGGAGGUGGAAACAGAUGUGUUAGCUGCAGUUUCAUCUACUGUAGAUAUACAGUCAAAUGAAUUGACAGAGUUUUCAUAUUCUGAAGAUUUGAAACCAGAUCUAUCGACCAUAUUUUCAUCUUCUGCUGGCAUCAAAACAGAAUUAUUGACAUUUAUUAAUUUCCAGGAUAUAAAACCUAACAUGCCAUUUAAAACCGCUCAAGAUGUUAAACCUGAUAUUAAUUCAGAAUUUUCUUCUUCUAAUGACAUAAAAAUAAAACCAGAAUUAUCAUUUUUUAAUGUUCGGGAUAUAAAACCUAACAUAUCAUUUAAAACUUAUCAAGAUGUUAAACCUGAAAAUACAUUUUCAAUUGAAAAAAUUAAUAAGAAACCAGCUGCAUCAGCAGUAUUUUCAACAUCUGAAAAUUUAAAGCCAGAAUUAUCACCUGAAAAUUUAAAACAAGAUUUCACAACAGAAUUUUUAUUUUUUGAGGAUAAACAAGAAAAUGGACUUGAAGAAAAUCUAAAGUUGUCUAGGGACAACAAAAAUAAAAUUGUUUAUCAUCAAACAUUUUCUCAAAGUUGUGAAAGUAAUAUGCAUAAAAAUUUUCAUUCUGAAGAUAAGCCAUAUGAGUGUGAGAUUUGUCUUAAACAGUUUUCUCAAAGUUCACAAUUUAUAAGACAUAAAAAGAUUCAUUCAGGAGAUAAACCACAUGAAUGUGAUGUUUGUCAUAAAAGGUUUUCUCAAAGUUCUGAUUUAAGAAGACAUAAAAAUAUUCAUUCUGGAGAUAAACCAUAUGAAUGUGAUGUUUGUCAUAAAAGGUUUUCUCAAAGUUCUCAUUUAAGAGAACAUAAAGAGGUUCAUUCAGAAGAUAAGCCACAUGAAUGUGAUGUUUGUCAUAGAAGGUUUUCUCAAAGUUCUUAUUUAAGAAAACAUAAAGAGGUUCAUUCAGAAGAUAAGCCACAUGAAUGUGAUGUUUGUCAUAAAAGGUUUUCUCAUAGUUCUGGUUUAAGUUAUCACAAAUAUGUUCAUUCUGGAGUUAAGCCAUAUGAAUGUGAUAUUUGUCAUAAAAGGUUUACUAGAAAAUCUAACUUAGGUAAACAUAAAAAGAUUCAUUCAGGAGAAAGGCCACAUGAAUGUGGUGUUUGUCAUAAAACCUUUGUGGAGGAGAAAGAUCUGUUACAACAUAAAAUUAUUCAUUCAGGAGAUAAACCACAUGAAUGUGGUGUUUGUCAUAAAAGAUUUUCUAGAAGUUCUACUUUAAGAGAACAUAAAAAGAUUCAUUCAGGAGAUAAACCACAUGAAUGUGAUGUUUGUCAAAAAAGGUUUUCUUCAAGUUCUGAUUUAAGCACACAUAAAAAGAUUCAUUCAGGAGAUAAACCACAUGAAUGUGAUGUUUGUCAUAAAAGGUUCUCUAGAAUUGCUGAUUUAAAAAAACAUAAAAAUUUUCAUUCUGGAGAUAAACCAUAUGAAUGUGAUGUUUGUCAUAAAAGGUUUUCUCAAAGUUCUAACUUAAAUCAACAUAAUAGGAUUCAUUCAGGAAUAAGGCCAUAUAAAUGUGAGGUUUGUCAGAAAAGGUUUUCAUAUAGUUCUAACUUAAAUCAACAUAUUAUGAUUCAUUCAGGAAUAAGGCCACAUAAAUGUGAUGUUUGUCAUCAAAGAUUUUCUAAAAAUUCUGAUUUAAAAAAACAUAAAAAUGUGCAUUUAGGAGAUAAGCCACAUGAAUGUGAUGUUUGUCAUAAAAGGUUUUCAAAUAGUUCUAGCUUAAGUAAACAUAAAAAAGUUCAUUCAGCUAUUAAACCAGUAGAAAAGGCAUAUGAUUGUGAUGUUUGUCAUAAAAUCUUUGCAGAUAAGAAUGGUCUAUUGCGACAUAAAAUUGUUCAUUCUGAAUAUGAAUGUAAUACUUGUCUUAAAAGAUUUUUAUAUAGUUCUAAGUUAAAAGAACAUACAAAAGUUCAUUCAGGAGAUAAACCCCAUGAAUGUGAUGUUUGUCAUAAAAGGUUUUCUCAAGGUUCUCAUUUAAGAGAACAUAAAAUGGUUCAUUCAGGAGAAAGGCCACAUGAAUGUGAUGUUUGUCAUAAAAGAUUUUCUACUCCUCAGUUAAGAGCACAUAAAAAGAUUCAUUCAGGA